GAAAGCCGGUGGAGAUAACCACCGCACUUUUACUAUCAUAUUCAGUUCACAUCGUAUGUAGCCGUACUGGCCGUACUAAUUGGUGGCAGUUGGGAGUCUACCGCGACCGGAGUAAGUUGUGAAGUGCUAGCACAGUUCAAUCUUAUAACAAUAAAGCAACAACGUGAAAUGGCGAGCAAAGCUAGAACAGAGAAAGUUGGAAUUAUUGGAAGUGGCUUGAUUGGCAGAUCAUGGGCGAUGCUUUUCGCUUCCGUGGGAUAUCAAGUCUCCCUCUACGAUAUUAUCCCAGAGCAAGUAUCUAAUGCAUUGAAGAACACCGAAAUUGAGUUGAAAAACCUGGAGAAAAAUGGACUUUUACGGGGGCAUUUGAAUGCACAACAGCAAGUUGACUGCAUCAGCGGAACCUCUAGCCUCGAGGAGCUGGUUAAAGAUGCCAUUUUCAUUCAAGAAUGUGUUCCUGAGAACUUGGACUUGAAGAAGAAGGUUUAUAGUAGUCUGGAUGCUGUUGUUGGAAACAAUACGAUUCUAUCAAGCUCAACAAGUACAUUCCUUCCAUCUAAGUUCAGUGAAGGGUUGAAACAUCAAUCGCAGGUUGUUGUUGCUCAUCCGGUGAAUCCCCCGUACUACGUGCCUUUGGUAGAGAUCGUUCCCGCUCCUUGGACCAAACCAGAGGUUGUUACCAAAACUCGCGCUAUUAUGGAAGAGAUUGGACAGAAGCCGGUUAGUUUAAGUCGUGAACUUGAAGGUUUCGCCUUGAAUCGAAUUCAAUAUGCUAUCAUCAAUGAAGUAUGGCGUCUUGUGGUCGAUGGCAUUUUAGAUGUUAAAGAUAUUGAUAGUGUGAUGUCGGAUGGUUUGGGAAUGCGCUAUGCCUUUUUGGGUACAUUGGAAACAUGCCAUUUGAAUGCCGAAGGUAUGGCGAAUUACUGUGAACGAUACGCAAAAACAAUCUACGCUGUAAGUGAAACCAUGGGUCCUAUACCUAAGAUGGAAGGAGCUACGGCGGCGAAAAUUUCCAAAGAUUUAGAAGCACUUUGCCCAUUGGACAAAUUGCAAAGUAGGAGAGAGUGGCGCGAUGCUUGCUUGACUAAACUUAGCAUUUUGAAAAAGGAAAUGGAAAGUAAGAAGAAAUAAAUUUUAUCUCAUGUUUUGUUAAGUUUCAUAUGGUGGAAAUACAUUUUAUACUUCUGUUAA